CGUCUACCCUGGGCUCAAAUUUGUCCAACUGUUGCCAUAAAACUCUCUCAAAACUUUGUGCGAUGUUUUUCCAUCGAGUGCGAAUCUCAAAGAAAAAGAUUUCCCCUACAAACUGCGUGCCACAAUUACACUCACAGAAUGCGACCAAUCACAGCUCGGUGGGCGUGUUUCCACUCUUUGUCUUGUUUCGUGCGCCUCGAUCUGUCUUUUCCUUCAUGGCAUCAUUCGCUGGUUAAUCGUUCGUACAUGCGCAAUGGUGGGCUGGACAAAAUAGAAAUACAAAUACAAUUCAAUGAAAACUACGAUGGAGUGGGUUCGUGUCUUUCUUAUCGAUUUUCCGCCAAAAUACCAUGCCAUUGAGUGCCGCUCCUCCUUUCCGCCGUUGAUUCCUCAAAUCUUCGAACUGCAGGCAAUGCGUGCUGGCGGGAUAGGUUCGCUGAGAACUGUUAUCGAUCGAAACACAUGUGACACCCGACCGGCUGCCGUCAUAGCCAGUCGCCGUAACAGAUUGCUGCGUUUCUGUGUUAGUAUCCGACCCUCUUUUGUGCUUCCAUUUCAUCCGGAAUGCUUCCCUCUCCACUCCUUUCACGUAGUUUGUCUUCACAGCGCAUAGAGCGCUGUCUGAACGUAUCGCGUAUUGUCGUCAGUCCUUGCUUCUCCGCUUACCGUCGUGAAUGUUGUUGACAUUCCUCGAUUAACACAUAUCCAUACCCUAGUUUUUAUUAUUCUUUUAUUCGUUUCAUGCUGACGACUACGGCGACGACUGCUGCAUAGUUGGAAUUUCAUUCGAAGAGCAGCACACAUGCGGAUUGUCGCUCGUUGCGUUCGGACGUGAUUGCUGCGCGCGCGUUUCACGUUGCUUCGCUAUCUACCGGUUAUCAGGUAGUCGUGCGUGAGUGAUAAUUGUUUUGCCGGAUAAUUCGACAUUUGAAAUCUGAGGAUUACAGUGCUUCUGGAUACUAAGCCAUUAAAAGAAAAUUAUCGAAAUUAGUUAUGUGCUAACAGUGAUUAAAAGUUAACAAUCGUACUACAGAAUUGUAUAGCAGUGCAAAUUGGAUAGUAUUCUACGUUGAUCAAAAAAUGUUGGAAUUCUACCACAACAUAAGCCUCAAUGCAGGAAUAACACAGGGACAAACAACGGAUACAAAUUUGCAGGAUUGUCCGUCGGACAAUAACGAGCGAACAGACAUCGUUGGGACGAUCAAAAGCGAGAAAACGCAGGAAAUCUGUGAAGGAUGUGGCCAGAAAAUCAAAGACCGAUACUUUAUGAAGCUUUCCCCGGACCAGUACUGGCACGAACAGUGUCUGCUCUGUUGCAUAUGCCACAUCCAGCUCAACCAGUCGUGCUACACAAAAAACACCAAACUAUACUGCAAAGAUGAUUACUACCGAAUCUACGGCCUUUCGCCGCUGCAGCACCAACAGCAGCAACAGAAUGUGUCUCGUGAUUGCUACGGAUGUGGCGAACGAAUUGCGCCCAACGAAAUGGUUAUGCGGGCGAAGACUCUAGUCUACCACCUGAAUUGCUUCCUCUGCUAUACCUGUAACAGGCCGCUGCAAAAGGGUGAACCGUUCUCGCUGCGAGCCGGCAAGCUCAUUUGCCAACACGACCUGGAGAAAGACAUGUACAGUACCUUGCACCCGAUGCAUCCACAUCACAAUCAGCACACGUUGUACAGCGAAGACGAUUACCUACUGGAGGAUGGCCUGCGGUCCCGGGACGGCCGGCGAGGUCCCAAACGACCCCGAACGAUACUAACGUCGGUACAACGGCGUCAAUUCAAAGCGUCGUUUGAUGUUUCUCCCAAACCGUGCAGGAAGGUUCGGGAAGCGCUGGCCAAGGACACCGGCCUUUCGGUGCGGGUGGUGCAGGUUUGGUUUCAAAACCAGCGAGCCAAAAUGAAGAAAAUAUCCCGAAAAAGCAAAGCAGCACAGAGCAACGGCAACAGCGACGGCGACAAGAGUCAUUCGGACAAGGAGGACAAAUCCAUCAAGCUAGAGUCGCCUGUGAGCGAUCACAGUCACUACUUGGGCGUGGAUGGGUCGUUUGGAUCAACUAGUCAACCGCUGAAUCCCAACCUUCCGUAUUCGCCAGAUUUCCCGGAAAAUUCCGACGCUAGCAUGUGCAGUAGCGACAUUUCGUUGGACGAGAGUUUUGACAAUCUGGAUGAAGCGACGUCGGAUACCAUGUCGCUGCAGAAUUUGGACCUGCAAACGAGUCUAAACAGUAGCAGUAAUAGCAACAAUAGCACAAACAAUAACCAUACCAGUGCCAGCUUAGUCAAUCACAACAAUAACAACAUCAACGGCCUGAUGCCUGGUACCAACAUCACCCACAUAGAUAAGCUAUACCUGAUGCAAAAUUCGUACUUUAACGGCACUUCAAUCGAACAAUGAUCAGAGUGAUUAUGAACUAUCGACAAAGCUUUGCGAAACCAAUUUGUAAUCAAUUGUGAUUAUGAACAACUCAGUCAACCUUCAGUUUGGAAAUCAAAUCCUAUGUUAUGUCGAUUUCAUGACAGAAAGUGAGAACUUAAUUUCUAGGAUAUGAUCAACAAUCGAAAUAAGCUUGAAAGAUUAUGUUGUUCUUUCACUUUGUAAUAUACACCCUCGUUUAAAGUGAAUAAAAAUGCUAGUCAAUAACAAGUAACUCUAAAAGUCUUCUGUAUGCUAAGCAAUGGAAACUUUAGACAAAAUCCCCUACUUACUUAUGUAUUUAGGUUAAGUUUCCAAGCCAGAAAUAGGUUAACAAGUCUCGAACAAUAAAACAAAUCAAUGUAUUCGUACAUUGUUUAUUUUUCCUUAUUUUGUUUUGUAAAUAUUACAAUCGUUUAAUAAUAGUACUUCAUUUCUACAGGAUACAAAGAUUAUAUUUUACACUAUAUUAUUUCUAUUGAAAUUUUCUUGUUACAUUCAUAUAUGUUUAGCCGUCACAGGAAACAAGUCAUUUGGUAUAGUAAUUAAUUGACAUAGAAUAACCCGCAACAAGCAAUGUAAAAUUUUAGGCAAGGUAAACACAUUUGAACAAAAUUAUCGAUUGGUUUAUUUUUUAAUUUGAAAGAACCCCUAUUUCAAUUUCACCACAACCACAAGACCUCUUGGGAGGGACGAUCACUCACGAAACCUUAAUAACCCGUAGGCUACGGAGCUUACCAAAAAAAUUCAAACCGCUGGCAAAGGCGCAAAAAUCAAUGUUUUUAAUGAAAUUUGGAGUUUAACUUCAUGUUUCAAUUAAGUUGGGAGCCUGAAAAAUUGGUAACACGUCGAGAGUUUUAUUCCAAUGGACGUCUGGAUCAGGAAGGGUAACAGAGUGUCGACUCA